CAGAUAUAGACACAUACACACACACAGUGCCACACACACACACACCUGCCCCGCUGCCUCACUGUGUGUGGAUUUGCUUGGAGCAGAUGGUCUAAAAUGACCUUCCCUGGGUGGAUCCUGGCUCUCUUGUCUUGUCUUGUGGCUCUUAAAGGAGAACAGUAUGGAGUCCAUGCUGAUGGAGGAGCGGGCAGCGAGAGAAACUGCUCUAUAGUGCCACCGUACCUCCCCCCGACUGCUGUAAACACAACUCUGAGGUUGUUUCAGCUGAGAGCAUCCAUGAAACCCAACAUCUCCGCCUACAUCAUACCUGCCACAGACGCACACCUGAGUGAGUACAUUGCCCCGCGUGAUGCCAGGCUGGCCUGGAUGACUGGUUUCACUGGCUCUGCAGGCACUGCAGUUGUGACGCAGGAUAAAGCUGUGUUGUGGACUGACAGCCGCUACUGGGUUCAGGCAGAGCGCCAGAUGGACUGCAGCUGGGCCCUGGAACGAGAUGUCUCUAUCACCAGCAUCACCAACUGGCUCAUCAGAGAGGUCAAUGAAGGAGAUCAGGUGGGCAUUGAUCCAUUCCUCUUCUCUGUAGACACAUUUGCUGCCUACAACACCAAGCUGGCUCCAGCUAAACGGAUCCUUACCUCCAUCACUGAUAACCUGGUGGAUAAAAUCUGGGCCGAGCGGCCGCCUCUCCCUCCUGAUAACCUCACCCGCUUACCGGACGACUUCAUCGAGAGGACCUGGCAGAACAAGGUGGAUCAGAUACGCGGGCAGAUGAUGGACAACCCGUACAACCCUACAGCUCUGCUGCUGUCAGCUCUGGAUGAAACAGCAUGGCUGUUUAACCUGCGUGGAAACGACAUUCCCUUUAACCCCUUCUUCUACUCCUACACACUGCUGACGUUUGAUAAGAUCUGGCUGUUUGUGCACACUGAGAGAGUGACGGAGGAGCUGAGGACGUACCUGAACUCGUCCUGCAGCGAUUCCUACUGCGUUCAGCUGCUCCAGUACGACUCGGUCCGCAGUCACCUGAUGAAGUACCUGGAGGAGGCGGGGGUGAGGGUGUGGGUGGGCACAGAGUACACUAACCAGGCCCUGUACGAGCUCAUCACCCCAGAGGAGAAACUUCUAGAGAGCACCUACUCUCCAGUACUGACCACUAAAGCAGUGAAAGACCAGACUGAGAGGAAGAUUCUUAAAGCCGCUCAUAUAAGGGACGCAGUAGCAGUCAUGCAGCUCCUACAUCACCUGGAGAGAUCCGUGCCUGAGGGCAGGGAGACAGAGCUCACUGCGGCAGAAUUCGUCAAUGAGUGUCGCAGCAAGCAACAGUACAGCAGGGGACCGAGCUUUGAGACCAUCUCUGCCAGUGGACCAAAUGCAGCUCUCGCUCAUUACAGCCCAUCUAGUGAAACCUCCAGAAAGCUGAGCGUGGAUGAGAUGUAUCUGGUGGACUCAGGAGGACAGUACCUUGAUGGUACCACUGAUAUUACCCGCACCGUGCACUGGGGUAAACCCACCGACAGACAGAAGGAGGCUUUCACAAGAGUGCUGAUGGGAAAUAUUGAAAUUUCGAGGACCAUAUUUCCAGCUGGGACCAGAGGUGUCAACAUCGAGAUGCUCGGCCGCAGAGCAUUGUGGGAGGUUGGCCUGAAUUACGGUCAUGGUACAGGUCACGGCGUGGGAAACUACUUUGGAGUUCACGAAUGGCCUGUUGGCUUUCAGUCCAAUAAUAUUCCAUUCCAGGAGGGCAUGUUCACGUCUAUCGAGCCUGGAUACUACAAGGAGAAUGAUUUUGGGAUCAGAAUUGAGGAUGUUGCUCUGACUGUACCAGCUACGACAAAGUAUGGUAAUAACUACCUGACGUUUGAAACGGUGUCACUGGUCCCGUACGACAGAAAGCUGAUUAACACCUCGAUUCUCAGUCUUGAACAGCUUCUGUGGUUAGAUUCAUACUACCAAGACAUCCGGAAUAUAGUGGGUCCGGAGCUGAAGAGUCAGGGCCUGACGGAGAUCCAUGAUUGGAUGAUGAAAAACACAGAGCCCUUCCUGAAGGAUGGAUCCUCCGCUGUCGUCUCCUCCAUCUCACUGCUGCUGCUGCUCCUACCCGUAUCUUUACUGUGAAAUCCAGAAGUCUAGAACUUCAGCACUAAACCAAAGCUUCCUUAAAUCCUGCCUAAAGCCCAGCUAUACCUACUCCAGUACUGACCAGCUCACUGAUCAGAUCAUACCACUGCCCACUGUGGACGAUGUAAGGCUGAACAUGCUGAAUUCCACCUUCUGAAGCAGGGAAUAAUGAAAUUAAAAUAGUAAAUAAACAUACAGUGCUGUGAAAUAAACAGAUUUCUUACGUUUUUACAUUUUUUAUAAUACCUACAUUUUUCAGACACAUUUUAAUAUCAGACCUGAGUAAAUAUAAAAAGCACUUUUAAAUGAUGAUACUUUUAUUUAUAAAGAAAAAAUAUCUAUUCAAACCAACCUGUUUCUACGUGAAUUGUGUAUUUGACCCCUGAACCUUAUAACUCUGUUGUCACAUGUGUUUUUCUAAUUUCCUUGUAUUUUUGGCUCAGUUUUGUUUCUGCAUUAUCUCCUUCCACGUCUCAGCCUCAGUGUUCCCGCCUGUUCCUUUGUAACCCCGCCCCCUCGUUGCCUGUCCCAGGUGUUUCAUGUUUCCUGUUCCUGUUCCAUGUGUUUAAAUAGCCCAUUUGUUUCAGUGUUCCAGUGUCUGGUCUUGUACGUUUUCACGUCUGUUAUGGUUGCUCCUUGUUUUGUUCUCUGUCCUUGAUUCUCCCAAGUUCAGUUUAUGUUAAUCACGUCUGUUUAUUUAUCUUGAUUUUUGUGAUUUCUUUUUUUUUUUUUUUUCCCUUAAUAAAUGAAAUCAUCCUUUAAAAACUGCUUUUUAUAUUUACUCAGGAUAUCUUUGUCUGCUAAUAAAGUUAAAGUUUGAUCAUCUGAAAAAUGUUAGUAAAAAUAAAAUAAAUACUUUUUUCACCUCAGUGUAUAUAUUAAUACUUACUGCCCAGACAAAUUACUAUAUAAAUAUUUCAUUUUUCUCAGCACACUCGUUUGAUGACUGUUGAACUGUUAAAACUAAAUAUAUUGCAAUGGAUUAUUUUAAGAUAAUUAUGACAUAAAUUACUUUUCAGUGCUGCAGUGUUGUGUGUCUGUAUGGUGAAUGUGUUUAUAUAUUUUUAAUAUAUUGUGUACAAAGUCAAAUCUUACACUCUGACGAAGGAUAAUUUAUUAAAAUAUGCUUUUAUCUUCCUCUUCA